AUGGUCGAUAGCAGCUGCUCAAAAGUCCCUGGGUUUGCAGACGCCGUCAGAGAAGCAAUUUCAGCAUCAACUCGAGCGUUCUCUCGCAUUGUGACACCUGACGAUGAUCGUGGCGACUUCCUGUUCAAUCUCAUCUAUUCCACACCACGAGCAUCCGGCGGCGCAGCCGUCAGCUUGAACUUUGCCGGCAUCGGUUCGCUGAACCCAGUUGAAGGGAGCCCAUUCGUUCGAGCUAACUCCAACAUUCGCCUAUACUGCGACAACGACGCCCGCUGGAAACCAUCUGAACAGCAGCCUGGAUGGGUGCAAGACAAGGACAAUGGCAUGGUAGCGCCUGAGUCAAGCCUCUGCACAACAGCGCGCGAUUCAAAUGGCCAGACCGGCAACCUCUGGGGAGUCCGCUUCAACGGCAGAGCGCCGAGAGUCGGUGAGAAUGCACGCCGCUUCACAAUCACGCUAUGUGAUGCACUGCUGUUUCCUGGUGUACCGGUGCCCUCAACUUUCCUGAACACGGGCGGCAAACUGCUGGAUUGGGCUCGCUUUGUCCAGAGGACUGGUUUAGAUGAGAUCAGAGGUGUGCUUAGCUUUACGAUUCUGCAUGAGCUGGCACAUUGUUUCAACGUUCCUGGCGACUAUGCAUAUGGUUGGGAAAAGGUUGUGGCUCUGGCUGCGCCGCAAUCGCUCGAGAAUGCUGAUAGCUAUGCUUUCUUCGGUGCGCUUUCGAUCCUUCCUGAUUUCUGGAGGUAUAGGGAUGCUGCACCAGCCGUGCCUUCCCGGAAGAGACGAGCCAGGCAACAAAGAGUAACGUCAUUCUCUAGCUAA